AUGUAUCAUCUUGUAUAUCAAUUUGACAUUCUUAAAAAAACAUUUCUAGCUGGCAUAGUAUUAUUACUUGAAUCAAAAAAAUUUUCAAAACUAGAUAAUUCUUUAACUAACAUAAUUAUUAAUAUGAUUGAAGUUGCAAUAUUGCAAUUUAAUGCUCUUGCUAAUAACAAA